AUGAUGUUGGAGGGUGUCCCCCCGCCAUCGGAACCCAUUGAGGCCAAACAGAAAGAUCAAGAGAAGGCACUUGAUGACGGUGCCGACUUGAAACCAAUCGACAAUACCCCUUACGUUGAUCCUUUCGGCGACGAGCAAAAUGCAGAAGUCAAGUACAAGACCCUCAAGUGGUGGCAAUGUGGAAUGUUUAUGAUCGCUGAAUCCGUUUCUCUCGGUGUACUCUCCUUGCCGGCAACUCUGGCGGCUCUCGGUCUCGUCCCCGCGAUCAUCUUGAUAGUCGGCCUCGGUAUCCUUGCCCUAUACACGGGCUACACGAUUGGACAAUUCCGACAAUGCUAUCCUCAUAUCCACAACCUUGCUGAUGCCGGAGAAAUCCUGAUGGGUCGAUUCGGUCGCGAGCUAUUCGGUCUGGGCCAGAUUCUGUUCUCGAUCUUCAUCAUGGGCAGUCAUAUUGUCACCUUUACUGUCAUGAUGAACACAAUUACCGACCACGGCACCUGCUCGAUCGUCUUUAGCAUCGUUGGUAUGCUCAUCUGUAUGGUGCUCUCGUUGCCCCGGACGAUCAAGAACUUGACAUAUAUCUCCUUUGCAUCUUUCCUGAGUAUUUUCUCAGCGGUGAUGAUCACCAUGAUUGGCGUCGCCGUCCAGUUCAAGGGAGGAGCUAACAUCAGUAUUACCGCCGAGACCAACCUCUAUCACGCCUUCACUGGUGUGACCAACAUUGUCUUUGCGUACUGUGCCCACGUUGCGUUCUUUGGUCUCAUUGCGGAAAUGGAGGACCCCAAGGAGUUCACCAAGUCCUUGUGCAUGCUGCAGUUUUUCGAGAUUGCGCUCUACGUGACGGCCGCCAUCGUCAUCUAUUACUACGUUGGAAACGACGUUGUGUCACCCGCACUGGGCUCAGCCGGUCCUUUGCUGAAGAAGGUUGCCUACGGUAUUGCCAUUCCUACGAUUGUUGGAGCUGGUGUCGUCAAUGGCCACGUUGGACUGAAAUACAUCUAUGUCCGCAUCUUCCGCAAGACUGAUCGCAUGCACAAGCGCGAUCUUGUCUCUGUUGGCUCAUGGAUUGCCAUCGGGUUGAGUUGCUGGAUCAUUGCCUGGAUCAUCGCCGAGGGUAUUCCUUCUUUCACCAAUAUUGUCAGCUUGAUUACUAAUUCAAGACAGAGCUCCCUCUUUGCCAGUUGGUUCAGUUACGGCCUCCCCGGCGUGUACUGGUUGCACAUCAACUGGGGUAGAUGGUUUUCCUCUCCUCGGAAGAUCUGCUUGACUAUUAUCAACAUCUUGAUUGUUGGUAUCGGUGCCACCAUGUGUGGCCUGGGAUUGUACGUCUCCGGCAAGGCUAUCCAUGACGACUCCUCCAACAGUAGCUUUACUUGCGCCAAUACUGCGAACUAA